GGAGAGAUGGUCUUCAAGCGCCAGCGGAUCGACGGCGACGUAGCGACGAUUUCGCAUCAAGGCGCGUCCUGUGGUGCUGAUUCAAGGAAGGACAUGUCAACCAGGAUGCAGCAUCCACUUGGCGUGAAACCUUGGGGGAAUAGCUUCAACGACAUGGACAACGGCAUCAAGCCGUGCCGCCCCAAAGGUCUUGGACGUCUGCACACGUUGCCGGACACGAUUCUGCAUGCGAUAUUUGGAAGCCUUGACCCCAUUUCACUUGGAAUCACGUCUUCGACCAGCCGAGCGUGGUACGUGUUUUGCUACCACGACGAAUUCUGGCGCACCCUCGUGUUGGAGAAGUACGGCGGUGCCUUUCUCGAGCGAACGACGUGGCGAGAGGCGUACAUUGCAACGUCCACGCCGUCGUUCACGCCGCCUUCAGCACGCCGGGUGUCUGUGCAAGGGUUCUACUCGGACUUGCUCUUUCUACCGUUCUACUGCGCGCACACGCCAUUGACACUCCUGUCGACCCACGCGAUGCUAAAAGUCAACACGAUUCCCCGCGUGGACGGGUCCAUGUUGUCCGUCGCCGACUUCAAGGCAAAAUACGAGCAGCCCAACGUCCCUGUGAUCCUGACCAACGUCGUCACAAAGUGGCCCGCGCUGUCGCGGUGGACGGACGCAUACCUGGCGGCAACAUGCAAGGACACGCCAUUCUACGCUGGUGGGUUCACCAUGUCGAUUGCCAAAUACACGGCCUACGCUCGCACCCUUCGCGACGACCAGCCUCUAUUCAUCUUCGACAAGCACUUUGCCUCGACGGUGCCGCAACUCGCCGCAGACUACACAGUCCCGGCCUACUUCCACGACGACCUGUUCCCGCUGUUGGGGGAAACCGAGCGGCCGGACUACCGAUGGCUCAUUUUUGGACCGGAAGGGUCCGGGUCAUCCUUCCACAUUGAUCCGAAUUCGACGUGUGCUUGGAACGCGGUACUCCGUGGGCGAAAGAAAUGGAUCAUGUUUCCGCCGGACGUUGUGCCGCCGGGGGUGCAUCCGAGUGUGGACGGCGGGGAAGUGUCGACUCCGGUGUCCCUCAUGGAAUGGUUCGUCACGUUUUACCCCCAGAUCAAGUCGCUGAAGGACCCGGUUCACGGUGGCGUACGGCAUUUGGAAGGCGUGUGCGAAGCCGGUGAAAUGAUCUUUGUUCCCCGGGGGUGGUGGCACAUUGUGCUCAACCUCGACGAGUCGCUCGCGAUCACGCAGAAUUACGUAUCGCCCAGCAACGUCCAGCACGUGCUGGCGUUCCUACACGAUAAACCCGACCAAGUGUCUGGCCUGGACGACGAAACCAAGCGCCCGCUGCUCUAUGCCAAGUUCCGCGCAGCCCUCGAAAAACACCACCCCGAGUUUGUGGCGACGUUCGACGAAUCGAGACGCCCGACACACCCCAAGAAGGCGACGUGGGCAUCGCUGGUGCAAUCAACUGUUCCGGCCGAAGAUGGAAAUGCCCAUGGAGCUGCGCCGUUUUCCUUUGGGUUUUCAGGGGAAGAUGCCAUGGCAAGUGGAAAAUAAGCUCUAUCAUGGAAAGACUUUUGAAACAAGCGAAAUGAUUGGAUGAAAAGUUUGUGUUUUAGCCACUUAAAACGCUUCAGUC